CAAACAAACAGUUCACAAAAUUUACAAACUUACCUUUUUUAAUAUUUUCCUAGAAAAUGGUGCACUCAAAUAAUAAAAGCCAUUUUCCCGGUGGAUAUUGGUGUCUUGGAAUUGUAGCAUGGUCACCUCAAAAUCCUCUGCAGGUGACGCGUUGCACAAACGGGGUAGAGUCAGUCAUUCAGGCACGCGGCGUUCCUCAGUCCCAGACAGAUCUCCCUCGUUCUCCCCAAUUCAGCUUUACCGUUGCACUGUGGUCUGUGGACGGAGCUUUUGUAGAUCUCUGCAAAUAACGGAGCUGGAGGGCUUUUGAAUCGAGUAGCGCAGAGGAAAAUGGCGGGCGGAGCUGCUGGAGGGUUUGUCACUAGAGCCUUCGAGUCCAUGCUCAAGGAGUGUGCCAACAAGAAGUACUCUUCUCUCCAGACAGCUAUCCAGACAUAUUUAGAUGGUGCAAAAGUGUCCAGUGAGCAAUCAUCACCCGUUGAGAGUAAUGAAGCAGCAUCAACGGACAGUCAGAGCUCUCCUGAAAUGGAUGCAAGAAUUGGUGAGGCUCACUCAUCUGCAGCCUCACCAAGCGGGAACAUCAUUACAGCUUUAGCAGAGGCAGGUCACACACUAACUAGAGCUGAUGCAGAGCUUGUUCUCAGUCCACUGAAACAUGCAUUUGAGACGAAGAAUAUAAAAAUUAUGGAGCUUGCUUUGGAUUGUCUUCAUAAACUCAUUGCAUAUGAUCAUUUGGAGGGAGAUAUUGGUUUUGAAAAUGGGAAAAGUGUGCCACUGUUUUCAGACAUCUUGAACAUGGUCUGCAGUUGUGUGGAUAAUAUAUCACCUGACAGUACUACUCUUCAAGUACUGAAGGUACUUCUUACUGCUGUUGCAUCCACCAAGUUUAGAGUUCACGGGGAACCAUUGCUUGGAGUGAUCCGCGUGUGCUAUAAUAUUGCUCUUUACAGCAAGUCCCCAAUAAAUCAAGCGACAUCAAAAGCUAUGUUAACACAGAUGCUUAGUACUGUAUUCAGGCGGAUAGAAACUGACCUGAAAGUGGUUGGUUCGGAAAGUGUAACCAGAUCAAAGUCUGAGGAGUUGCCUUCGGAUUACCAGAGCCAGAAAGAUCUGGUGUUAGAAGAUGCUUCUUCUGCAAGUGUGGAGGAACUUCAGAAACUUGCUGGUGGGGCUGACAUUAAGGGUUUAGAGGCCGCUCUUGAGAAAGCUGUUCGUCUUGAAGAUGGCGAAAAGGCAAUAAGAGGAAUCGACUCAGAAAGUCAGAGGAUUGAGCGACUUGAUGCAUUACUUCUUUUCCGUACCCUUUGCAAGAUGGGUAUAAAAGAAGACAAUGAUGAAGUUACAACUAAAACCCGCAUUCUAUCAUUGGAGCUUUUACAGGGUUUGUUGGAAGGUGUUAGUCAAUCAUUCACGAAAGAUACUGAUUUUAUCGAUUCUGUUAAAGUAUACAUUUCUUAUGUAUUGCUGCGAGCUUCGGUGUCACAGACUCCUGUCAUAUUUCAGUACGCAACAGGAAUCUUCUCUGUACUUUUGUUAAGAUUCAGGGAAAGCCUCAAGGGCGAAAUUGGGGUUUUCUUCCCAUUGAUUGUUUUGCGCCCAUUGGAUGGACAAGACCUGAACACAAGAGCAAGUGUUCUCAAAAUGCUAGAGAAAAUAUGCAAGGACUCACAGAUGCUUGUUGACCUUUAUGUGAACUAUGAUUGUGAUCUCAACGCUCCUAACUUAUUUGAGCAAAUGGUGGCCGCCUUAUCAAAAAUUGGCCAAGGGACUCAAAGUCCUGAUCCGAACUCUGUAGCUGUGUCUCAGAUGAGAUCGAUUAAAGCUGCAUCCCUGCAGUGCUUUGUAAACGUGUUAAAGUCCCUUGUUGAAUGGGAAAAACAACAUAGAGAAGCUGACACAGCUUAUCAAGGGAAACAGUCUUCUGGAGAAGGUUUGAAUAAAGAACCCAAUGACAUAAGAGGCAGGGAAGAUGUACCUACUGACUUUGAGAAGUUAAAGGCACACAAAUCUACAAUGGAAGCAGCUAUUUCUGAAUUUAAUAGACAACCUGGUAAAGGGAUAGAAUAUUUGAUAUCAAGUGGGUUGGCUGAGAGAUCACCUGCAUCAAUUGCUCAAUUUCUUAGGAGUACUCCCAACUUGAAUAAGGCUAUGAUUGGUGACUAUUUGGGACAACAUGAGGAUUUUCCACUUGCUGUCAUGCAUGCUUAUGUCGAAUCUAUGAGUUUUUCUGGGAUGAAGUUUGAUAUCGCAAUUCGUGAAUUUCUUAGAGGAUUUCGACUUCCUGGGGAAGCUCAGAAGAUAGACCGCAUGAUGGAGAAAUUUGCUGAACGUUACUGUGCAGAUAAUCCCGACUUAUUCAAGAAUGCAGACACAGCUUAUGUUCUAGCAUAUGCAGUUAUAAUGUUGAAUACUGAUGCACAUAAUCCUAUGGUCUGGCCCAAAAUGUCCAAGGAGGAUUUUAUUCGCAUGAAUGUCAUGAAUGAAGCUGAAGAGAGUGCUCCUAAGGAACUUUUGGAGGAGAUUUAUGAUUCUAUUGUCAAAGAAGAGAUAAAAAUGAAAGAUGAUCUUGUAACUCUUGCAAAAAAUAACAAACACAAGCUGGAGUCGGAGGAGAGAGGUCGGCUUGUCAGUAUUCUUAAUCUAGCUCUUCCGAAAAGGAAGUCUUUGACCGACUCAAAGUCUGAGAAUGAAGCAAUCAUCAAACAGACUCAAGCUAUUUUCAGGAAUCAAGACGGGAAAAGAAGAGUGUUCUAUACUUCACACAAAAUAGAGCUUGUGCGCCCAAUGGUUGAAGCUCUGGGAUGGCCACUGCUUGCUACUUUUGCAGUUACUAUGGAGGAGGGCGAAAAUAAAGCCAGGGUUGUUCUUUGUAUGGAAGGAUUAAAAGCUGGAAUUCACAUCACACAUGUCCUUGGAAUGGACACCAUGCGCUAUGCAUUUUUGUCAUAUCUCUUCAGAUUUAAUUUGUUGCACGCACCAAGGGAUAUGAGAAGUAAAAAUGUAGAAGCAUUGCGGACUCUACUAUUAAUAUGCGAUUCCGAUCCUGGUGCAUUGCAGGAGUCCUGGAAUGCAGUGCUUGAGACUAUUUCUCGACUUGAAUUUAUUAUAUCUACUCCUUUUAUGGCUGCUAGUGUGAUGCAAGGGUCUAACCAAAUAUCUCGAGAUUCUCUUCUUCAGUCAUUGAGAGAGUUGGCUGGCAAGCCUGCUGAGCAGGUGUUUAUGAAUAGUGUUAAAUUGCCCAGUGAAUCCGUUGUGGAAUUUUUUACUUCUUUGUGUAAUGUGUCUGCUGAGGAAUUAAGACAGCUCCCACCACGUGUGUUCGGUUUGCAAAAGCUUGUUGAGAUCAGCUACUACAACAUGGCUCGCAUAAGAAUGGUAUGGGCUAGAAUAUGGUCUGUACUGGCUAGUCAUUUCAUUUUUGCUGGGAGUCACCCUGAUGAAAGAGUUGCAAUGUAUGCCAUAGAUUCUCUGCGGCAACUUGGGAUGAAAUAUUUAGAGCGUGCAGAGCUUGCCAAUUUCACAUUUCAGAAUGAUAUUUUAAAGCCAUUUGUAAUUCUUAUGCGCAACAACCAAAGUGAAUCCAUAAGGAGGCUUAUUGUUGAUUGUAUAGUACAGAUGAUAAAAUCCAAAGUUGGAAGUAUAAAAUCUGGCUGGAGAAGUGUAUUCAUGAUUUUUACAGCUGCAGCUGAUGAUGAUUCAGAACAAAUUGUUGAGAAUGCCUUUGAAAAUGUGGAACAAGUUAUCCUGGAACAUUUUGAUCAGGUAGUUGGAGAUUGUUUCAUGGAUUGUGUGAAUUGCUUAAUUAGGUUUGCCAAUAAUAAGAGCUCACACGGAAUCAGUUUGAAGGCUAUUGCACUGCUCCGCAUUUGUGAGGAUCGGCUUGCGGAGGGCCUUAUACCAGGUGGAGCUUUGAAGCCCAUUAACGAUAAUGCAGAUACGUCUUUUGAUGUUACUGAGCACUAUUGGUUUCCGAUGCUGGCUGGUCUUUCAGAUCUAACAUCCGAUCCUCGGCUAGAAGUUAGAAAUUGUGCACUAGAAGUUUUAUUUGAUCUACUGAAUGAAAGGGGCAACAAGUUUUCAUCCUCAUUUUGGGAAAGUAUAUUCCGGAGAGUGCUCUUUCCCAUUUUUGACCAUAUCCGACAUGCUGGACAAGAGAAUUUGACAUCUAGAGAUGAGUGGCUACGCGAAAGUAGCAUUCAUUCACUCCAGCUGUUGUGCAACCUAUUCAACACAUUUUACAAGGAUGUUUGUUUUAUGCUGCCUCCACUUCUUGGCUUGCUGUUAGAUUGUGCCAAAAAAACUGAUCAGUCAGUGGUGUCACUUUCGCUGGGUGCACUAGUGCAUCUGAUUGAAGUUGGUGGACACCAAUUUAGUGACAGCGAUUGGGAUACCUUGUUACAAAGCAUAAGAGAUGCUUCAUAUACAACACAACCCCUUGAGCUGCUGAACGAUUUAGGUUUUGAGAAUGCAAAGGACAAUGCACUAGGAGAUGCUAAAGUUGCUUCAGCUCGCACUGUUACCCAAAUGUCUGAUGGGGGUACACUUGGUAGUAUUUCAGAAGGCAGUGACUCUGAUAGCACUGCAAAGCAUAUUGGAUCAGAGAAGCUGGAUGAAAAGCAAGGGGUGAUUCGGCCUGUUGAUCAGGAUGGAAAUGAAGGCAUACCCUCACCUUCUGCAAGAACUAAAGUUUCUGGAGAACUUCAACGGAGUCAAACAAUAGGUCAAAAAAUUAUGGUAAAUGUGAUGGAUAAUCGCUUCCUUAGAAGUUUUACAUCUAAACCCAGAAGUCCAACUGCUGAAGCUUUGGCACCUUCAUCUUCCCCCAAGUUUUCCCAUGAUAUGGAGCCUGAUGCAAGAGAAGAGGAAGAAAGUUUAGUGUUGGCUACCAUUCGAAGCAAAUGCAUCACUCAAUUGUUGCUUUUAGGUGCCAUGGAUAGUAUUCAGAAGAAGUACUGGAACAAGUUGAAGGCCGCACAUAAAAUCACUAUACUGGACAUUUUAUUCACAGUGCUAGAGUUUGCUUCAUCUUAUAACUCAUAUGCAAGUCUCAGAAUGCGGAUGCACCAAAUUCCUGCAGACAGGCCGCCAUUAAACCUACUCCGCCAAGAGUUAGCUGGAACUUCUAUCUACCUUGAUAUCUUACAAAAGACAACCACAGAAUUUUAUACUGAAAAAGAUGGAUUGGAUGAAAAAGGUAUUUCUCAAAACGGUGAUCAUGUGGUGGGGAGAAGCGAUGCCACAUCAGUGGGAAAAGUAGAAGAAAACAAACUUCAGGGACUAGCAGAAGAGAAGUUAGUGUCAUUUUGUGGACAGGUUUUGAGUGAAGUGUCAGACUUCCAGUCGUGCAUGAGGGAAGAUGCUAAUAUGGAUGUUCAUCGGGUUCUAGAAUUAAGGUCUCCCAUCAUUGUUAAGGUGUUGAAGGGAAUGUGCUCAAUGAACAGAAGAAUAUUCAGAAGUCACCUACGAGAGUUCUAUCCUUUGAUUACCAAACUUAUAUGUUGCGACCAGAUGGACGUGCGCGGAGCUCUCUCAGAUCUGUUCACUAACCAGUUGGCUGUGCUGUUGAAGUAACAACUUCUCAAUCCCGAGAAAUGGUAAUGUGUGAAGCCAUUUUCAAUAUCUUUUACUUGUCAUUUCCCCCCUUUGUUCAACCUUUUCGCCAUCCUUUUGUAGACUGUUUAUGGCCUGUUUGUUCCAUCCUAUGUAGUUAGCAGAAUACAAGGUUAUCUAUAGUGCAAAAAAUUUUACCAAUCAAAAGAGUAAAUCUAUCAAGUUUUGUGUUAGGGUAGUUUUCCCAAGUGUAUGUUUAUGGUAAGGCAGUAAAGGCAGUGGAAUCGAAAAUACUCAAAAGUGUGAAGGUUUGGAAAUCAAGAUAAUUUCUUCAUUUGGUGCCCUUGGUAAUCUUAACGUUGCCGUUUUGGGUGGUCGUGGACAUCCAAGAUUUUGGCCGCUCAUAUUGGUGAUCUCUUAAAAGGGUUUCUCUUCAAUCUUUUCUUAAUAGUCAUGUCAUUUUCUUUAUUAUAUUAGACUUCGAAACUUGUGGGCACAUGUUACAGAAAUGGAUGAAAGUAAUGUAGUCGCUAGGUAUUGAU